GGCGGGAGCAGAGCGCAGGAUCGCAUGUCGGCGGAGGAAGACGCUUUUGUUUUCCUUGGGAGAAAAGUCGUGGAACAACAUUUCAAAACAACGGCCUUUCCUACUGCUCUGAACACGGUUCUCCCGCAAGACUCUAACAGUUUACAGGGUGUGGAGUAGGCGAGGAGGACGGAAGGGGUCUGGAGCGUUUCUGGGCUCUUCUGGAGCUUUUUUUUUCUGGAGUAGUUCUUGGAGCUGCAGAGAUUGGAAAGGCGGAAGAAAGGCAGUGGGAAGGGAAGGACAGGGGGAGAGUGUGGAAGGAUGGAUCAGAGCCGGCCUGAGUUUGUUUUGCACCAGAUUUAUCCCGGUGUUCUCUUUAACUUGGGCCCGCACGCCGAUUUAGACGCGUUAUAAAACUUAGUUCUCACAGUUUCUCCGGUUAAUGCCAUAAAUCUGCCAGCUGUAGGUGCCGGAGAGACUCAAAAUGGCGGCGGGCUGGCCCAUCCCCCAGGCCCUGCUGCUGCUGCUGCUGCUGAGCGCGGAGGGCCUGCUGGACACUUGCCCUUCUCCCUGUGCGUGUACUGAAGGUCCAGAUGCAGCGCAGGUUCUGGACUGCAGUCGGAAAAGACUGCCCUCCCCCCUGUUCUCUGUCCCAGCCUGGAUCACCCAUGUGUCUAUGAAUCAUAAUGAGCUAUCAGGUGUGCCUUUUCUCGGAGACGCUUCUUCAAACAUCACUGUGCUGUCACUUAUUCAUAACCGGAUUACUGAAGUGGUGGCGGAGCAGCUUUUGCCUUAUUCAUCUCUGGAAAGUCUGGAUCUGAGCUCCAAUUCAAUCUCUGAGCUGAAAGCUGGGUCAUUCCCACCUAUGCAGCUCAAAUAUCUGAAUCUGAGCAACAAUAAGAUCAGCUCUCUUGAACCAGGCUGCUUUGGCAACAUCAGCUCUCUACUGGUACUGAAGAUAAACAGGAACAGAUUGUCUCUGCUGCCUGCUAAAGUCUUCACUCUGUCUCAGCUGCAAGUUCUGGAGUUGAAACGCAACAAGAUUAGAGUGGUGGACAGUUUGAUCUUCAAAGAGCUGGAGGCUCUGAAAUCUCUGAAGAUGCAGAGGAACGGCAUCACUAAGCUGAUGGACGGAGCUCUUUUUGGCCUUGACAACAUGGAGGAAUUGGAGCUGGAGCACAAUAACCUGACAGAAUUGAAUAAGGGUUGGCUGUAUGGUCUACACAUGCUGCGUGUGCUUCGGGUCAGUCAAAACAACAUUGGUCUCAUCCGUGCUGAUGCUUGGGAGUUCUGCCACCGUCUGGAAGAGCUGGAUCUCUCCUUCAAUCACCUGAGUCGUCUGGAGGACUGGGCUUUUACUGGGCUUGGGCUGCUGCAGACUCUGAACGUGGGCGAGAAUCGCCUCACACAUCUGGGAGAAGGAGUUUUUAGUGGCCUGGCAAACGUCCACACACUGGAUAUUCGUAACAAUGACAUAUCCCUUGCUAUUGAGGACUCUGUUGGAAUGUUUGUGGGCAUGAAAAAGCUCAACACACUGAUACUGCAGAAGAACAAGAUCAGGACCAUCACUAAAAGAGCAUUUGAGGGUUUGGGAGAACUGGAGCAACUAGAUUUAAGUAAGAACCAGAUCAUGUCCGUUCAUCCUGAAGCCUUCUCUCACUUGAAACUCAAGUCACUUGAUCUGAACACUAGCAGCCUCCUCUGUGACUGCCAGCUGACCUGGCUGAGCCGGUGGCUCACUAACAGUCACUUUCAGCAGUCGUGUGCUGCUGUGUGCGCACAUCCUGCUCCUCUGGCAGGCAGAAGUAUCUUCAAUGUCAGACCAGAAGAAUUUGUCUGUAACGACUUUCCAAAGCCCCAGAUUAGCGGGAACCCCCGGACAGUGGUGGCAUUAAGAGGCACCAAUGUCACUCUCAACUGCUCUGCCUUCAGCAGCAGUGACUCCACCAUGAGCGCCUCCUGGAGGAAGGACAGGGAGGUGCUGUAUGAAGCGCAGGUACACAACUAUGCCCGCUACCAGGAGCAGCGUCUUCUCUACACCAGCGUGCUCCAUCUUCUCAACGUUAACUUCACAGACGAGGGACAUUACCAGUGUGUGGUUUCCAACCACUUCGGCUCCAACUACUCCACCGAGGCCAAGCUCACAGUCAACGAGUUGCCCUCAUUCCUGAAGAUGCCAAUGGACCUCACUAUUCGCACGGGCACUGUGGCUCGUCUGGAGUGUGCAGCCGAGGGUCAUCCUCCUCCCCAGAUUGCCUGGCAGAAGGAUGGUGGUGUGAAUUUCCCUGCUGCUCGUGAGAGAAGGAUGCAUGUUAUGCCUGAAGAUGACACGUUUUUCAUUGCCAAUGUGAAGACAGAGGACAUGGGUGUGUACAGCUGCACGGCCAAGAACGAGGCAGGCAGUCUGUCAGCCAAUGCCACGCUCACUGUACUGGAGACCCCAUCAUUUCAGCGCCCCCUAGAGGAUCGCAAUGUAGCACGUGGUGAGACUGCGGUUCUCCAGUGCAUAGCUCGAGGAAGUCCUGCACCGCGCCUUAACUGGACCAAAGAUGACGGCCCGCUGCUGCUGACGGAGCGUCACUUCUUCGCCGCAGCCAAUCAGCUGCUCAUCAUUGUAGAUGCCAGGCCAGCGGACGCUGGGAAAUACACCUGUGUCAUGUCCAACACGCUAGGCACUGAACGAGGCCACAUCUACCUCAGCGUCUCGCCCUCUGCAAACUGUGACCCAGCGAGUAGUGCCUACGACCAGGAUGGCUGGACCACAGUGGGCAUUGUAGUGAUGGUGGUGGUUUGCUGUGUGGUGGGCACUUCACUGGUGUGGGUGAUUGUCAUCUACCACAUGAGGCGGAAGAGUGAGGACUAUAGCAUUACCAACACGGAUGAGAUGAAUCUGCCAGCGGAUAUUCCCAGUUACCUGUCCUCCCAGGGAACGCUGUCCGAGCCUCAGGAAGGCUACAGUAACUCUGAGGCGGGCAGCCACCAGCAGCUCAUGCCCUCUUUGGCCAACGGCUAUGCUCACAAAGGCACUGACGGCAUGUGCUACGGUGAAGUGGGUGGGGAGAUGGACCCAGAACCCAACGGCAUGCUUGGUAAUCGCGUCGGGUCUCUGUUUACUGGCCGCAGUAGCUUCCACCCUGGUGAACCAAGGGAGGGACUGACAUCUGGACCUAAUGGUGGCACCAGUCCGCUGGUCAUCUGCUCGGACUGUUAUGACAAUGCCAACAUCUACUCUCGCACGCGUGAGUACUGCCCAUAUGCCUACCUGGGUGAAGGUGACACGCUUGCUGCCCAGCUGCCACAGGACACGCCACGGGAUGAGCAGGGGGACAGAGAGCAGGACACUCAGCAUGAGGACGCUGCCCUGGAGAGCCUGAUCUGUCAGCAGGAUGCAUCUGCCUUCCUCACCGGCCAUGACCCCAGACUUUGCAUCUCGCACCACUUCAGCAGCGAUGUUCCAGGCAGGUCGUUUUGGGGUGGAGUGGACCCCCACCAUGUUUCCCCACCCCAGGGGCCAGUGACUGUACAUAAGCCUCCUUUGGGGACUUCGGUAGGGGACAAUCAAGAGCAGAGGAGAGGUGGGCAUGAGGAGGACUCUUACAGGACUAACCCUCAGGAUCACAGUCCACCUUCCACAUAGAACCCACCCAAAUGCCGCUUUUACCCCCUCAUGGUCCGCUUUGACCCACCACACACUCCAGCUCAGCUCCAGCUUCUCUCAGUGUGCCCUUACGUCCCACUACCUCCUCUGAGAAAACUCACUCGCACUCUGCCAAAAUGAAAAAAGAAACACCUUUCUUUUUCUUCUGUGUUUACAUUUUUUCAAAUCCCAACCUUUUUGCUGGAACCCCCUGAGGUGUAGGCGUGUGUUGGAUUCCUGUGAAGAUAGAAAGAGAAGCGUUUCCAGGAAUUGAAGAUGGUGGUGUUGAUGGUGAUAAUGAUGAUGGACCAUCAUGAACCUUCUGAUUACAUAAGAAAAUGAAUCCUCUGGUUUAAGUUGAGGCUCUGAAUGUAUUGUUUCCAAAAGCCUCGCUUGCAAUGCCUUCUUCACCCAUGACAUUAUUUUUAUUAUUUUAUUAUUAUCAUUUUUUUUUUUACUCCUGUUUCCCCAAUUUUGGGGAGUUGGAACUCAUUCUGUCUAUGCCAAAGCGUUGGACUCUAAGCCCUCUUAGUGCUGCUCAAGCUCUGAAACAGGACCUGUUUGUUUGUGCACAGACUGUGAAAGGAUGCUCCCCAUGAGUCAAGGCAAAGAGUGGCCAACCCACCUGUCAUUUAUUAGAGCCGUCUUAAGCCGCCAGGGAGCCGAGUAGCUGUGCUGUAUGUCUUUUUCCUUUUGGUCACAUUUAGCAGUUGGCUGUGGCCCGUGUACAUUAUUCCCUGUAAGAGUGGAACACUAUUCAUUCCCCUGUUUCCAGCCCAAUAUUGUAAGCUGAAGCUGAAGUUGUAAGCUGUAUUUGUCAGAUAAAGCGUUUUAUAUGUUUAGUGCUGUCCUCAAAGCCAAAUAUAUAUGCACCCUAUUUUCCUCCUUUUUACAAGAGGCACUAUAUUGAACAGCAAGACGUGGUCCAUUGCACCUUUGACAAUCGGUGUGCAGCAGUCUUACAGGGUUAAAUUCAUUCCCACUUUGUCAUAGCUCCACUCAUUCCCACUUGGUACCUUACAGUGCUGUACUGUAUAUUGAUUUUUUAGCAGUUCACUGAUUUGUUUCUAAUGAUCUCCUCUGAAUCCUCCUCCUCCUCCUUCUUCUGCAGUGUACCUUCUGAACCUGCACGACUAGCAAAAUAGAAAGAGCCUGAAUCAUCUUGAAACUUGACUCUUCCCUGGUUACCAUAUGUAUGAGUGCAUACAUAAAAAAGAAUUCAUUUUUUGUUUUUUACUUACUUCAUUCAUUUGCAAUUAGGGAUGCACGAUAUAUUGUUUAGGCAUCAUAAUCGCAAUGUGCAAUUGUGAAAUUGCAGGACGUGCAAUGUCACCUAAGGCAGUUAAAUCAAACACGUCAUGUUGCAAUGUUUUGAUUCUGGACACAAAAAGUAGAUACACAGUGUUGCAGUUUUCUGAGUGAACAGCACUGUCUCUGUGUCUGUGUGAGUGACAGGCAGCUGCUGCCCGAGAAGCAGGAGGGGGAGGGUGGAAAGAAAAAAAAAUAUAUAAAAAUUGCAAUGUCAAAUUUUUCCAAUAUCGUGCAGCCCUAUUUGCAAGUGAUCAGAGCAGAUUUGCACAGUUAUUUGCAAGAGUUGCUGUGGGGUCUGUGUCUGCGAAUGCACCUGCAACUAACCUUUGGUCCUCAUCUUGCACCAUUGCGCUUUCAUUGCAUUUAAAUAACAUUGGAUCUGAUUAGCAAAGGACUUCAUGUGGUUUCUGGCUGAUUAUCAAAUCUAUCAAAUAUCAAUCUGGAUACUAGAUUUGGGUUCUGAAAUAAUAUUGCGAUAUUAUAACCAGACUCAUUUGUAAUAAUUAUCUCAAAUUACGAAAGUAAUGUGAUGUUAUCAUGUAUUUUGGAUUUUGGUUGGAAGUCUGAACAUAGCCAUCUACAUUAUAAACCUGACCAGCCUCAGUCUCAUCAGUGCUAUACUAAAGUAUGUAGUUACCAGUAUAUUUCAUAAGAUGAAGUGAUCAUCUCUGAGCCUCAAAAUAAAAAUGCAGAGCAUAGGCUUUAACAAUGGUUUAGUUCUCUUUGAGAGGAUGACUCUGACUCUAGCCUCAGUAAGAUGUCUGAGGGAGUUAGUAAUAGAGCUUUGGACAUGCUGUAUCUGUGCCAUUGUCAGUAUUCAUAUCAUUCACACUAUGCUGACCUCGAAAAAAUAAAGGUCCUGCAUUUUGAUUUCCCCAAACCAGUGGCAGGGAGUUAGUUGCAGGGAGCAGAGGAGCUCAGUGCUGAGUUCUUGCUUUUUCCACAGCACAACUGAGGACUUUCUUUUGAGUUUUAGCACUUUUUGAAUCCACAAGCAUUCCUUCUUUACUGAAUGAAUGAAGGUACUUCAGAUGAUUGUUGAAGCAAAGUCACAGACAGUCUCCACUACAAAAAUGUUUUUUCGAUGGAAUUGCUCCAAGAAGAGUUAUAUAUUGUUAAAGGUGUAAAAUGGUUUCUAGUGCAGUAUGUUCUCUCUUUUUCUCUUUCUCUUCUCUUUUGGCGAUGGUCUGGUUUAACCCCACCUGGUACAAUCCUAUAAAUGCUGCACUUUCCAUAAUAGGAUAAUAUGUUCCAAAGAAUGUGUGUGUGUGUGUGUGUGUCUGUACGAAUGAAAGUCAAGAGAGAAAUGGGAACUAACCAAGUUGUGGGUGCAAAUGAGGUACUCUUUAACAUUAUAAUAGUGAAAUGUGUGUAUUGUGAAAUGCACUAAUACAUUGAGUCACUACAGUUUAGAUACAACAUGUAUCGUUUACGUGGGUACUUUCCAUAUUUAUCAUGUGAAGUGAAUAUGCUGUCGCUUAGUGUCAUUGUUUGGUAAUUAUUGCAUCCUGGUGCCACAUUUGUAAGCAUUCUGUUUGAAAUGGUUUUAAUUUUGCACACAGUGACAUAUUUCUCUCUCUUUUUUUGUUCAUUUAUUUUUGUAAAAUUAAUGUUAUGCUUUUGUAUCUGUGUCUGAUAAACCACUUUCUUUUUCUUAAUGUGCCGUCAUCAUAUCAUAUCCAUUCCUUUCUAGCUGUUUUUUAUUAUGAUUUGCACACGGUUCUGCCCCGCAGUUUGCCUUACAGAUCCCAUAGCUGACUGGCCUCCUGUUGCUAGUAUAAGUGACUUACUCUCCAGUUCAAUCAACAGUAGCAACAGCUGUGGGGUUUCUGUGGCUUAUACUGAGGCUUUCCAGAUUUUAAAGCUAUUAAAAAAAAAUGUGAGGAAAAGCUGCAACACAUAUCACUGCAGUCACUUGCGCACACACUUUUGCUGUCAGAAGAUUAAGCGACGUAAGUCAUAUGCGUGGGAAACCUCACAUUACAGAGGUCACUAAUAGCAGAGAUUAAAAUGUGAAUAAUUUUGAGAUGAACUGUUGAUUUUAAUGGCGCUGGUCUGACUUUGAGAUUUUCAGUUGGAACUUAAAGCCGUAAAUAUUUUUUGGCACCAAAAAAAUUCAUUCACACCACUCUGCCAAUAAUUCUCUCUUGAAUUGAAACCAAAGUUCAGCAUUAAUGCUUUCUCACUAUUCCAAUGCUGCUUGUUUUUUAUUGUUUUUUUUUCUGUAUUUUUGUUUCUGUACAAUAUUGUACCUGUAUAUUCUGUAAAGCAUGUAUUAAAAACAAAAACCUUGUUUCAUAAUGUUGCAUAUUUAGCUGACAUUUAAACAAUAAAAUGCAAAUUCUAAUGUACGAGAUCUGAA